AUGUCCACCCACCAAGCUGCCACCCUCCUCGAAAAGGGCACCCCCCUCGAAAUCACCGAGCGACAAACCCCAACCCUAGGACCAAACGAGCUCCUAAUCGAAGUGCAUGCCGCAGCUCUCAACCCAGUGGACCACUUCCAGCGAGACCUGGGCAUGUUCGUCCGCGAGUUCCCAGCCAUACUCGGCUCAGACGUCUCCGGCAUCGUCGCGAAAGCCGGCUCCGACGUACGUCCCGACACGCCCAAGCCCGGCACGCGCGUCACGGCAUUCGCUAGCUCCUGGUUCAACGGCAAGGCGGACUACGGCGCUUUGCAGAAAUAUGUGAUUGUUUCUGAAGACAUCGUCUCCGUCCUUCCGGACUCUUACUCCUUCGUUGAGGGAAGUGUGUUUCCCAUGGCGGCAUUGACAUCUUGGUGCGGAUGGCUUUGGGCUGGAAUCUCGCCUUCCUCGCCCCCGAGCCAGAAGGAGGGUGUUUUUGUCUGGGGCGCGUCGAGUAGUAUGGGGACAUUUGCGGUGCAGGAGGCGAAGUUGAUGGGGUAUACUGUCUAUGCGACGGCUGGUGCGCAGCAUCAUGAGUAUAUCAAGGGUCUUGGUGCGGCGCGGGUCUUCGAUUAUAAGAACGAGGAUAUCCUGGGCCAGAUGGUGAAUUCUGCGAAGGAAGAUGGGAUUACCGUUCGAGCUGGGUAUCUGGCUACCGGUGAUCAGCAGCUGGCUAUUGAUGUCCUUGCUGCGCUGAGUGGUGGGGAGAAGGCGAAGUUGGCUGUUGCACCCAUCUUAAAGAAAGACUUGACGCUUCCUGAGGGUAUUGAAGCGGCGUUUGUCAGUCACCCUGAGGACCCGGUUGAGUUGAAGGGGAGGAUUCGCUGGGUGUUUAGGGAUUGGCUUGAGGCGAGACUUGCGGCUAAGGAGCUGGUUGCUAGUCCUCAUAUCAAGGUGGUAAAGGGAGGAUUGGCUGCUGUUAAUUGGGCCCUGGAUGAGCUCAAGGGUGGAGUUAGCUGCUCAAAGCUUGUGGUGGAGCUUUAG